UGCCUUUCGCCAAGUUUUGCGAAACAACAAUCUAUUUUCGUGAAAUUCUAGUUUUCUCUUGCGCAAAUUAGAUCAUCGUUUCAAACAAUUUCUAAAAAUACCCAAUUUCUGGAACAUCGAAUUUUUUAUUUAAGAAAUAAUGCGUGUAGUAGGAAUUAAAUCACAAGUUGCAAACAUUCGAAAGAAAUUCUACGUUUAUGUUUGAUCUUCGAUAAAAAUCUGUCGAGUUCGAAUAAAUCAUCUCGAUAAAGCUUGAAACGUCUCUCAUGAAGUCUCUUGUUAAAAAGCCUGGAACAAACGAGACAAACGAUCCAAAUUCUUGAGAAAACCCGCAAUAACGUAUAAUCCGUGCGACGUGUGUAAACCGUGUAGCAAUCCACACAGGCUCGGUUAUCACACGACACGAGGUUCAAAGAUCACAAACUGUCCACGGUCUCUUUCCACGUAAUGGCGUAUUAAUCGUGACACCCUCGAUACCUUGGAAUCUCGGCUGGAUUAUUCACAGUGUGUCAAUAUUGAACAGGAUACAAUGAACGUAAGUCCCCGAUGACAAAGAUAAUGGCCUGUAUCUCUCACGAUCGCGGCUGGCAUCCUGUCAGAUCUCGGAUUACCGAUUUCUAUACGCGGCCGCACAUCCUGUACACGCGUGUACACACAUCAAACACCCGCGAUUGUGUAACAAUGCCGCGUUUACACCUAGAUUUACUUUGCGGCCAGCUCGUUAUCGUCCACGUAAUUGGCGGACACCUUACCCUUUUGUAAACGAGCUACGCCCGCAACUUUAUAAGUAACUGUCUCAUUUUUACGGCGAGUCUUCUUUUCACAACAGUGAACCCGAAAGAUCGAUUGCGCUCGAUGCAACCAUGCAAACGUUUUAUACGUGUUUCUGGUUCUCCUUACUUUCUUACUCGAUGCGGAUUAAGUGUAGGGCAAUCUUCGUGGCCGCUUCGAAUCCCGAAGCGAGCGGGGAUUUCUCUUCGAAGGAAAAUUGGAAGAUUUGGAGGCGAUCGUCCGUGGAUUUCGAAGAUCGACGGAUGCAACGCGGCCUCGACGAUUUCCGGAUAUCGAAUCAUUCCGAUUACUACGAGGAAAAUGUUUUCUUCUCCACGGAUAAGUGUUCCAGGUAUUGUAUCAAACGGCAGAUCGAUAAAAAUGAAAACAGUGUACAAUACAUUAAUCUAUUUUGGACAAAUGGUAUCGACGCAAUGGAUCGGUCAGUCUCAAAAGAUGAUUCGGAGUUUUUGUCAAAGACGGAAUGGACAGAUGUACGAAAUCCAAACAUCAUUCAACAUAGAAAUUGUCAGAUUUACCUUGACCUAGAUUGUAACAUCACCGAAGCGAGAACUAAUUCGAAUUAUGCGAACAGAGAAUUCCACUUGGGCGUGGAAAAGGACAAAGGAAAGAAAAUUGCAGAUAUCAUAAAAAUAGCAGAAAAAUACAAUUUGACCAAAUUGACGCAAAUGAACUUCUCGGUCGACAACACGACCCGUAGAAUCGUCAUAGACAUCGAUGGAAACGUUUCAAACGCAUUGCUUCGAAUACCUACGAAUGCAACAAUUUCGAGGCACGAAACGAUCAUAUCUUGGACGAGUAAAGGCGAUGCGGAAGGUGUGCGAAUUGAUACGCGGAAUCCGCCAUCUGGCGAGUGGCGAUUGAAGCUCGUAGGGGAGGAUGGUUCGAAGUAUCAAUUGACGGUGACGGGUUUCGUCGAUGAGAAUUGCGAUGAAAUGAGAAAUCUUUCUCUGGUGAAAUCACAGGUGAAAGAAAACAUCAAUGAAGAUACGAUUAAAAAUUAUCGUAUAAAUAUUGAGACAAAGGAUGAUAUAUCAGGAAAUGAUAAGGAGAGAUUUAAUAAUGAAGCAACGAAAAUUAAUUCUGAAAAAAUUUUGGUGAAACAACAAAAUUCAAAUGCAUCGAUGAAUUCUAAAGUGAUGGAAAAUAAAAAAAUAACUCAAGAAAGAUCAUUGACAUAUCGUAUGCGAGAUCAAAAAGAAAACAACCAUUCGAGAAAAGAAAAUUUUAGCGAUAACGAUUUAUCGAUAAUAACCUCUAGCACUGAAAAUAUGCUUAUUAACUUCGUUGAAUACGUUACUCUCGUAGACGUUGACAAAAAUGUAAUUACUACAUCUAAUGAAAAAUUUUUGGAAACAAAGGAGGAAUGGGAAAAUCUUCGUACAAGAUCCUCGAUUGAAGUAAUUGAAAAUCUUGACGUUAAGAGAACUCCAAUACAGAAAAACAUUAACAUAUCGACGAGAAUGAUCGAAACUCUGGAUAAUAAAGAAAUGUCCGAAGAAUUGAUAAACCAUGUCAAUGAAAACACCAUCGAGGAGAAAAAGAUGCUGAUUGAAGUGAAUAGAAAUAGCAAUUUGCUUGUUAUACCGGGAACUAUACACAGAAUAGUAUUCGAUGUGAUGAACAAAUGCGUUUUACCUGUUAGAUAUGCAUUCAGAGUAAAGAGCAAUCCCUUUAGGUUAUACAAUAUUCAACCAUCCUAUGUAUGGAUUUAUCCUGGACAGAUGAGCAAUGUAGCGAUAGAUUUGAUUGUACCCGAUAAUGUCGCACCACAUACAGUUAAUACAGUCACCUUAUCUAUCUCGGGUACUGAAAUAAAGGAAAAAUCUGUAUAUUUAUAUGUACAAGGGUCACUUUCAAAGCUAACCGAUGAUAUAAAGCCAAUUAUCGAAUAUUCUUUCAAUGAUAAUUGCGUUGGAAAAUUGGAAAAAAAUCGAUGCUAUAAAUCUCAUUGGAGCGUUGAUGUUACGAUUCAAGAUCAUGAUUCAGGUUUAAAAUGUGUAAUAUCAUCACUAAAUGAUAUUUAUCCACGUACAGAUUUUAUUAGCGGUACAAGAAAUCCUAUAACAUUUUAUUAUUCUGCUACGUGUUGUGAUAAAACGGUUAAAAUUACAGCUAUAGAUUUACUAAAUAAUUAUAAUACUAUAAUUAUAGAUGUUACAGCAUGGAAUAACUUAUCAGAAGCAGAAAUUGCAGCUAUUACAAUGGGAGCAUUGUUAGCUUUGUUGCUUAUUGUUUUAAUUGUUAUUUUAAUCAUAUACUGUGUUCGAAAAAGAAAAAGUCAUGAUUUGCCUUAUACACAACGAUAUGGAUCUAGGCCACCUACACAAUCAGAAAGAACUAAUUUCUAAUUCUUUAUUAAUACUGAAAUAUAUAUAUUAAUAUAAUAUAUAUUGAAUAUAUAAAUUUUAUUAUUAUAGAAACUAAUGUUAUAACUAUCACAAUUAAAUUAUAUUUAUACAAAAUAUAUCUACAUAAAUGUAAAUGUACAUAAAUU